AUGUCUGACUCCGAAGGCUACCGCAACCCCGCCGAUGGCAUCAUCUACUACUACACCGGCGACCAAGAGCCACAAUGCGAAAUCGGCAAAUGCCCAAUCGAGUACUCCGUCUACGGCUACCGCCCAUCGCUCGCCUUCAGCGGCACCAUCAUCGCCCUCUACGCUCUUGUCAUGGUCGCCCAGACCUUCCUCGGCAUCCGCUACCGCAAAUGGGGCUUCAUGGUCGCCAUGCAGCUCGGCUGCCUGUGCGAGAUCCUCGGCUACGUUGGCCGCAUCCUCUAUUACCAGAACCCUUGGGCGCAAGGCGGCUUCAUCAUGCAGAUCGUCCUCAUCACCAUCGCGCCCGUGUUCUUCUCUGCGGCUAUCUACGUCCUCAUCUACCAGAUCGCGAAGUACGUGUCAGCUGAAUCCAGCCGCGUCAACCCGAAGCUCUUCUACUACAUCUUCAUCACAGCCGACAUCAUUUCCCUGAUCCUCCAGGCAGUCGGCGGCGCCAUGUCCAGCACCUCUGAAGGCGACUCCACCUCCGGCGUCAACAUUGCCCUCGCCGGUCUGGCGUUCCAGGUCGCGACACUCGUCUUCUUCGCUGUCGCGGUCGUCGACUACAUGUUCUGCAGCCGCAAGGUCUGGAGCACAGUCAAGCUCCCAACCCGCUUCAUCAGCUUCUGCGCGUUCUUGGCUCUUGCUUGGACUGUCAUCACCAUUCGCUGCUGCUAUCGAGUGUAUGAGCUCAGCGAGGGCUACUCACGAGACUCGGAAGCUCUCCGAGACCAGCCUCUGUUCAAUGGGCUCGAGGGAGUCAUGAUCAUCCUUGCAGCUGUCUUCCUAAUUGGCGGUCACCCUGGCUUCGUCUUCCGACAGGGCGAGACUCUGACGCAGCAGGAGUCGUUUAAGGGGAAGUCGGAGCGUGAGGCUAGUGCAGGCAGCGAAACUGUCUGA